AUGGGGAAAAAGAAACCGAUCCCCGAAGAGGAUUUAAUCAUUCCCCCGCAGGAUACGCGUAUCUGCGGAAUGAUAUGUAUCUGCCAGCUGACUUUUGUACUAAGUACGGUGGCGAUCGUCUAUCUCACGGUAGCCAUCUAUAUGCCCUCAUCGCGUGCAUUUAAAAGUGGUAUUGACGAAACGCCAGUCAUGUGCACGACAACCAAGUCCGUCAACAAGGAAGCCUGCGAGUGGGGUUCUUGCGGUGAAUGGUGUCUUAGCAAAACCUCUGGAGCAUGUAUACAAAUCUACGUGCACCUGCGCACCAACGGAAGUAGCUUAACGUUCCAAAACUGUACGAAUUCGGCAAAUAAAACAUGCUACGGGAUAGAUCAAGAGAACGCCAAAAAGGCCCGUUGCAUAGCAGAUGAAUGUAAAAAUCUAACGGGUACCUUCAACUGCUCGUUAGGGAUGUGCAUAAACAUAACCGAUGCAUUUGAGUGCGUGUUCAAAAAUACUGAUGCACCGCUCAAAUGUUCUGGGAGAAGAGGCAAGAUUACAUGUAUAGACAUAAACGGUCUUUUUUCAUGCAAUCGUGGAACAUGCCGAAAGAUAAAAACUCCAUACAAUUGUGACCGCCGUUGUGUGGACAUUCCGACUCGGAAUAAGAAUAUGAUUUUAUUGAGUGGAGAUAAAGUUUAUCUUUCGCAAUGUUCAGUUGCGGUUGAUACGGUCACGAAUCAAGAGGUUUGGAACGAAAGUGACGGGAAAGUGAUCAUGUCCUCUUGCUACACUAUCCAAAAUACAACCAAUGGUAUUCAAGCGACCGAUUGUGUCAAUGGGUCGCUUCUAGAGAAGGAAGAACUGACAGAUCUUACCAACUUCACCUAUCUUAGUUAUUUGCAUUACGCUAUUUCGACACCAUUGAAAACGAUAGCACCAUUAGAACAAGAUUUAACUAUUUCAAAUGAGUCCGGGCUAAUGAUUAAUCUGGAGGGUUGCGUCAAUACUCUCCAGGAUGAAUGUAAAGACUUUCUCAAAGAAUAUGGCAAAGAUGGAACGGAUCACAAUGCUCGAGCCAGAUUUCCUUGCUUCUAUUCCAAAGCGAACACGGACAAAGUGGUGGCACGGUUUAGCUUGGACACCACGUACAAACAAUUUGUUGUUGGAUUCUUCGUACCGACUAUCCUGUUUGCCGUUUCCUGUCUCACUCUGACGUUUUGUCAAAAGACGAUCUUUAUUGGGGACGAUGCGAAGAUGCGAUUCGUUGGAUGUGCUAAUAAACAGCUGCUCGCGGCGACUGGGGGCGUCAAGAACAAAGCUAAAGCCAACUCUGGCGAUGGCGGUGGAGGUGGCGACUCCGUUAUGGCUCUCUGA